AGUCGCAGCCCAACCAGCCUGCUUUCGACUUCACUCGACCAAUCCGUCCAGUCAUCGCCCCGUACUUCAACAUCAACAUCAACUCCAAAAUGGCUUUCCAAUACCUCAUCACUCUGUGCGCCCUGGUGGCCUACGCCAAUGCUGGUCUCCUAGCCAGCCAUGUGGCCAUUGCCAAUCCUUCAGUGGAUGCCGUCGCCUCCACUCAGCAGAACGUGGUCAGGUCCUUUGCCGGCACUGUGUCCAGCUACUCGAAGGCGGUGGACACCCCUUACUCCAGUGUGAGGAAGAGCGACACCAGGAUCCAGAACAAUGUCUACACUCCGGCUGUUAAGACCACCACUUAUGGUGCAGCUCCUCUGUACACCCAGGCUACUCCCAUUGUGGCCAAGACUCUGGUCCAUGCUCCAGCUCCCGUUGUGGAGAAGACCGUGUACGCUGCUGCUCCAGCUCCAGUUGUGGCCAAGCACGUUUACUCCGCUCCAGCUCAGGUUUAUGCCGCUCCCGCUCCAGUUCUGGCAAAGACCGUGUACUCCGCGCCAGCUCCAGUUCUGGCCAAGACUGUCUACUCUGCUCCUGCUCCAGUUUAUGCUGCUCCUGCUCCAGUUCUGGCCAAGACCGUGUACUCCGCUCCAGCUCCCGUUUACGCUGCUGCCGCUCCCGUUGUAGCCAAGACCGUGUCCUAUGCCGCCCCACUGGCCACCACCAAUGUGAACCACGGACCCGCUGCCACCACCUACAGCCACAGUGCCCCAGCUCUGGGCGUCUCCAGCUACGGCAGCUCCCAGACGGUUCACUACUCCCCCGCCGAGAGUGUGUCGCACAUGAGCUUCGAUGGAUUCGGAACCCACUGGGGUUUCUAAAUGAGUCUUGGCCUUUGGGCUUAAGCAAUUGUUAAUGUUGUUUGGUGGUCAAUAAAGACGGAGAUCGAUU